AUGGCGUCCACAACAUCACAGCCGUCGGAGAAGCGACCUGUGCCCGCGCCCUCGAACCCCGUCCUUCUUGCGACACAAGCCCAAUGGCUUUUCACAGAUGAGGAGCUCACGCGUGCGCCGUCGCAACUCGACGGUAUGGCACUGGAGGCAGAACAUACAAGUCGCAGUAAAGGGGUCAAUUUCAUCACUCAAGUGGGCAUUAUGUUAAAAUUGCCCCAGCUCACAAUCGCAACUGCGGCCGUAUACCUUCACCGGUUUUUCAUGCGGUACAGCAUGGUCGACCUGCCGCAACGACCGGGAAUGCACCCUUAUCCGAUUGCUGCCACCGCAUUAUUCCUAUCGACCAAAGUGGAGGAGAAUGUGCGGAGGAUGAGAGAACUGGUAGUCGCAUGUUGUCGGGUAGCGCAGAAACAACCCAACCUGGUCGUGGACGAGCAAUCUAAGGAGUUCUGGAAAUGGCGAGAUACGAUUCUGCACCAUGAGGACCUCCUUCUGGAAGCCCUUUGUUUCGAUCUCCAACUUGAACAGCCCUACCGUAUCCUCUACGACUUCAUCUGCUACUUCGGCGUCAACGAGAACAAACCCCUCCGCAACGCUGCCUGGGCCUUCGUCAACGACUCUAUGUUCACCGUUCUUUGCCUGCAAUUCUCGGCUCGGAACAUAGCUGCCGCCGCCCUUUACGCCGCCGCCCGACAUUGCGAUGUAGGAUUUGAGGACGAUGUCUCGGGCCGGCCGUGGUGGGAGCAGGUCGACGUGGAUCUGGCACAGGUGCGUCGCGCGUGCACAAGAAUGGCACAAUUGUACGAGAACAAUGCCAUGCAGAAACAUAGCCAGUACUACCCGACCACCCCCAUCUUCGCAGACGAGGGUACUGAGAAGACCAGGAUCCCGCGUGCUGGCAGCCCGGCUGGUACCCUGCGUGAAACAGACAACGCGAAUGGACGGAAGCGGUCGAGAGAGCCCGAAGACGAAGCCCAGGGCCGCUCAGAAGAACCACCGGUUCCGCACGACCAAGAACCGACGAACGGCGAACGAUCUCCGAAACGACCACGCAUGGGCUCAGACGCCGCCGCACAAGAGGCUUCAGCCGACAAGAACCCAUCCAACUCGACGUCGUUUAAUUCCUCCCAGGGAGCAACAGCUCCCCAGUCAACAGGGACACGCCCACUCCCCCACGACCGCCACCAUACAAACGGUCAUCUCCCUCCCCCUCCUCACCGCUACCAACAUCCCCUGCCUCCCGCCCCGCGAACAUUCCCCCGCCGAGACAGCGACCCCCGUCCAAGCGGCAGCGGCGGACGCCCAAACGCUCCAGUCGACGACCCAAUCCAACAACGGAUCGACGAAAUCGUAUCCCAAAACAUGACCAAUCCCCAAGCGGACCCCCGCCGCGAGACCGACGUAACUCAGACCGAUACCGCGAACACGAAGACUCCAGCCGAAGACGUCGCUCAGACCUCUCCUCCACCAGCAGAAAAUCCACCGACGAGCAACACCCUCCACCCCCGCCUCCUCCUCCUCCCUCCGAUAAGCUCCAGAACCAGCAACCACCACCGCCUCCUCCGCCACCAGACCAGGAUGAAGAAGGCGGAGGAAGCGAAGAGGGCGAGCUAUAGUCAUUAUAAGUUCUUUACGGUCUCCUCUGCAUCCUUACCCACCCCUUAA